ACUGUACAUACAUACAAAUUUAAAAUAACACAAAAAAAAGACAAUUGUAGUGCAUAUUUCGAAAAAAAAGUAGAAGGAACUUUGCAGAUAUUUUUAUUUAUAUUUACAUACAAACACUUAUACAAAAAUAGUGCAAAAUUUCUCAGAUGCAAACAUAUUGUGUGUGUGUUUGCUGUAACAUGUAACCACGACGAGAAACAACAUUUUUGUGCCGCAAUUCUUUGUAGAGGAGUUUUUAGUCUUUUUCGAUAAUUAAACAUUCAGUCGAAUAGACGACAGAUACAGAACAAGAGAUGAAUGCCGAAAAAUUAAGGCGUUUACAGGCCCAGGUCCGUAUAGGGGGCAAAGGUACGCCCCGUCGCAAGAAGAAGGUAAUGCAUCAAUCUGCUGCCACAGAUGAUAAAAAAUUACAAAGUUCUCUAAAGAAAUUGUCCGUUAGCACAAUACCCGGCAUUGAGGAGGUUAAUAUCAUCAAAGAUGAUCUAACUGUUAUACAUUUUAACAAUCCCAAAGCUCAAGCUUCUUUAUCGGCCAACACUUUCGCCGUUACUGGUCAUGGAGAGACCAAGAAAAUAGUGGAAAUGUUGCCUGAAAUCUUGCCACAAUUGGGCCAGGAUACUGUCAUGCAGUUGCGUAUGUUUGCCAAUACAAUGUCUGGAAAUCAAAAGCAGGGACAUGCAGCCUCAAGUACUCUUGAUAAUGUGGCCGAAGAAGAUGAUGUUCCCUUGUUGGUUAACGAUUUCGAAGAGGUUGCUAAAAUGGAUGAGACCAAAAGUGCAAAACCCAAAGCUGAUGCUAAAAUAUCUGAAGAGGCUAAAAAUAAUGAAAAUGGCAUUUUGAAAGAAGAAAGCAAUGAAAAGAAAAUAGAUAGUCCGAAAGAUACUGCCGAAAAGUUGGAUAAGAAAUCAAAAAAACAACAGAAUAAGCAACAACUGCAGCAGCAACAGUCAGCCAAUGGGGCAGCUAAAAUUAAAUCCGAUGCAGGUAAAAACGAAAAUAAGCAGCAAAAGCAAGCGAAACAAGAAAAGACAAAUAAACAAGAAAAAACUCAACCCAUAGCUGAGAAAAACGAUGUAAGUAAAAACGAACAAAUACCGGCAGACGUUAAACACGAAGCAAAAAAGGAAACGGAAAUAGUAAAGCAAGAACUUCCCGUACAAAAGCACGAGGUUAAAGUUCAAGAAAAAGCUAAUGAAAAGUCCCUACCCAAAGCUGAGCCUAAAGAUGUAAAAACAGAGGAUAUAACAAAAACUUCAAAGCCCAAUAAAGACAUAGCCAAAACAGAGGGAAAAGCUACACCAAAGACCACUGAUAAAACAGCGAAGCCAACUGAUAAACCUGCUGAAAAGAAGAAGGAAGAUAAUGCCAAAGAACGCAAGCCUCAAGAAGCUCAAAAGAAAGAGGAUGCUGCUAAAGCCAAAGAAGCGAAGGCUGAACAAACUAAGGAACAAGCUAAAGAUGUAAAAGAAUCAAAGGAGGCUGGAGAGAAAAAGAAUGAUACUAACCAAACAAAACAACAGCCAAAACCGAAAGAACAAAAGAUGGAAAGCAAAUCUAAUGAGAAGAAAAAUGAAGUUAGUGCAAAGUCACCAACAGAGCAGAAACCUAUAGCUGAUGCUAGACCGAAAAAAUCGGAGAAACCACCCAGUCAAGAAGACAACACAGAAAAGAAUGAUUUAAAUAAAGUUUCUGACCUGAAAAUUGAAAAGAAAGAAGAAACAGUACCUAUUGUAAUGGAAAAGAAUAUAGAACCAACAGCUCGCACUGUUGUCGAACCAGCAGUUCAAAAGCAAGACGAAUCUAAACAAACUCCAGUUCCAAGGCCAACACCUGCUAAAGAAACAAUAGAAAAAACAAUCGAAAAACCUCUUCAGGUAGCUAAGAUCCAAGAGGAAUCCAAGAUGCCAGCAGAGGCUGUAAAAGAAACUGAAGAAAAAUUCAAACAAGAAAAUCCUGCCCAAAAACCAGUGCAAAUUAUAACACCCACAGAAAAGACUCCGGAACAAACGGAACUAAAAACUUCCGAAGCUGAUAAAGCUAAAGAGAAAGUUGCUGCUGCAGCUAACCAACCAACGAAGCAACCAUCACCAAAACCAGCUAGUGGUAAAAAGACUCCAACGCCUACUACUCAAAGUACGACCAGCAAUAAAAAAGAUGAAUCUAAAGGAAAAGCUACCACUCAACCGGGUAAUCAAACGAAGCCGAUGAAACCAACAACACCGAAACCAACUCUACAAACUAAACCAGUGACACCAGCAAAGACUCCAGAUAAAGUCGUUACCCCAACAAAACCUGGAACACCCACCAAAGCUGUAAGUCCUCAACCUAAACUCGCAAUUAAGAAAACUUCUUCACCAACAUCUACGCCACCAACAACACCUAUUGAAGGAAAUUUAACAAUAACCGAGGUAACAACUGACGCUAAGACUGCCAACGAACCUCAAAAGAAACCAGCUACUGCACCAAAACCGGCACAAGUUAAAAGCAAUCAGCAAAAACCUGCAGCUGUAGUAGCAAAACUAAAACAACAAUCUCCAAGUAAAACUGGACCAGCUCAGCAAGAGCAGAAGAAACAGGCAAGUCCAUCGAAAUCUGAAGCCAUUAAACAACCUUCAUCUCCCACCUCUUUAAAUACACCUCAGCAACAUGUUUCUAAGCAACCAUCACCAUCUAAGCAAUUAACAGCAGGAAAGCAGCCACCUCCGACUAAGCAACCUUCUCCAGUAAAGCAAGUUGCUACACCAGCUACUCAAGAACAGAAAGCUAGUACACCUUCGACUGAAGCGAAAGCAUUUACAUCUCAACCCGAAGCUGAAAAAUCAAAAUCGGGCACAUCACAACCAAAUAAGGACCAACUAAAAGUCGCUAUUCAACAGCCGUCAACUGAACCAAAGAAAGCCAGUAGUCCUCAACCAAAUAUUCGGCAGGAUGCUCAAGCUAAAUCUAGUACUCCACAGCCGACUACUCCAACUGAGAAUGUCGUUACUACGCAGCCAACAAAUGAAGACCAGAAAGACAACUCUAAUCAGCAAAAGCUCAAUUCACAGGCUACACAAUCUGCUGCUCAACAACAAAAAUCUACGACUCCUCAACCUACUAUUCCAGAUCAACUAAAAGUGGCUUCACAACAACCAACUGCUCAACAGCAGCAACCACAACCCAAGGCAACCACUCCACAACCCAAAGUCACUACUCCUCAACCGCAGAAAGUUGCCACACCACAACCAACUGUUCAACAACAACAACAACCAAAAGCUAGUACUCCACAACCAACUGGUCAACACUCGAAAGCAAGUACUCCACAACCAGCUACAUCAACACAGCAAGCAGAUACUCUGCAACCUUCUGGUCAACAACAGAAAGCGUGUAGCCCACAACAACCCGGACAACCAAAAGCCAGCACGCCUCAACCAGCAGUAAAACAACAGAAAUCGGGAACUCCUCAGCCAGCUGAUCAACAACCAAAAGCUAGUACUCCUCAACCAGCUACCCCUGCACAAAAGGCCAGUACUCCACAACCAACUACUCAACAAGUGAAAGCGAGUACGCCCCAGCAAUCUGGUCAACCACAAAAGGCCAGUACUCCACAACCUAAAGCCAGCACUCCACAACCAAUGAGUGAGCAGGCAAAAGUCGGUACUCCCCAACCACCGAAAGCCAGUACUCCACAACCAACAAUUCAACCAACUUCUCAACCAGCGAUGCAACAACAGACAUCAAAUCAACCUAUUGCUCUAGAUCAGAAAGCAACUACUCCCCAGCCUCCAUUGCAAGUGACGACAACAGAUCAACCGCAACAAACAAAUACUCAACAAGGAAAUAUACCAGAAAAUAAACCUUAAACACUCUAUCUUGCAUUUCACUAAAAAAAUAUUUAUAUUCAUCCCCUUCCUCAAAGGCAUUUCACACUAACAACUUUUUUUCUUUAAAACAUUAUUUUAAAAUUUUUCAUAUAUAAUUUUUUAUAGAACCUCAACUAACCUUUAACCUAGUUUUAUUAAAAAAAAACAUUUAAAAACCCUCAACCAUCCAACCGAAGAAUAAUCAUUUUUAAAAUUUUGAUAUAUAUACAAAAACAAAAUUAUGGAAAUAACUAAUUAUUCUAAAAUAAAUAAUGGUUAAUGGUUGAAACAA